UUAAAAACAGUGAAAUCUCUAUAUAAUUCAGUAAAAUCAUGUGUCUUGCUAAACGGGAAAUGCUCAGAUUUCUUCUCAAAUGAGGUCGGUUUAUUUCAAGGGGAAAUUUUAUCACCAUUACUUUUUUCCCUGUUCAUUAAUGAUUUUGAAAACUACUUUAUUGAAAACGAGGCCCCAAGUUACGAUUUCGGAGAACUGAGUCUCUUUCUCCUGUUGUAUGCAGAUGAUCUUGUACUGAUUUCCGAAUCAGUCGAGGGAUUGCAAAGCCUUUUGGAUAAUUUAAGGUUUACUCAGAUAAAUGGAAAAUGACAGUUAAUACAGAUAAAACAAAAAUCGUAGUUUUUCGGAAGGGCGGUAAAGUCAAAGAUAACGAAACAUGGACAUAUAACGGUAUAAAUAUCUCAGUGGUAGACCAGUUCUGUUAUUUAGGAUUUCUUCUUAAGUUUAAUAAUAAAUUUAACUUUAUGUCUAAGCAUUUAGCCGAACAAGGUCGUAAAGCUCUUUUUGCCCUACGUUCAAAGUGUAAUAAUUUGAACUUAAAUAUAAAAACUAUGUUGCAUUUGUUUGAUACUUAUAUUAGCAGUAUUCUUUGCUAUGCCUGUGAAGUAUGGAGUACUCAUAAUGCUUUGGAAGUUGAAAAGGUACAUUUAGAAUUUUGUAAAAUCUUACUGGGCGUUAAAAAAUCUACCUGUAACGCUAUGAUUUAUAUCGAACUUGGGCGACUCCCACUGAAGAAUAUGCAACUUAAUAGAAUGUUAAAAUUUUGGUUUAAAUUGUUGAAUUCUGAUAAUUGUAUACUAAGAGAGGCUUACAACUUGCUCUACAUGGAAAUUGAGAAAGAGAAUCCAAAACAGAAUUGGCUCUUGCAUGUGAAGCACAAAUUAUUUGAACUUGGAUUUGGAUAUAUAUGGUUACGUCAGUUACCUUCUGAUUUUGUUUAUAUGCCUAUUAUAAAAGAAAGAAUUAAUGACCAGGCCUCUCAGACAUUGUUUAACUCAUUACAUAUGUCGAGUAAAUGUGAUCUAUACAAACAUAUGGUUAAUAAAGUAACACUGCAAUUCUACCUCACCAAAUCAUUACCAAGUCAAUUGAGAAAAAUGAUAACAAAACUGAGACUUUCAGCACACAAUCUAGCUAUAGAAUCAGGAAGGUAUAGGAAUAUUCCCAGGUGUCAUAGGUAUUGCAUUAACUGUAAUUCUUGGAAAAAACCUUCAGUCUUCAAAGUAAUAGAAUUACUGAACACAAAUAGUCUUAAAGAAUUGAAUUUGCUAGGAAGAUUUAUCAAAGAAGCUUUUAGUUGCAGAAUUGUGUAAAUAUACUCGGUUUGUGUAGGUGUUGAGUUUUGAUGUAACACGUUAUUGCAUAAUAGUGUGCUUAUACAUUGUUGAACCUCCCGGUGUCCGUCUGUCGUGUUUACCAAAUGGUAUU